CCUAUUUGAAAGCACCCGCGCCUAUAAGAAGGUCUAAUGGUACGUUGCUACAAUGGCACCGUCCAGAUCGGCCAGUCAAACUGGUACGUAGGGUUGUCAACGUCCACUGGUUAGUUCCUCUCCUAGUAGGAUCCCCCGCCUCGUGGGGUUCAGAUGACUUCUGAGUACUACCGUAGGGACCACGAAAACGUUGACUGUUUUGAGGCUGAAACUAUCAAGAAUGGAGCCCUAGCUAGCUAGUAUGCGUAACUUUGGGUCAGUUCAAUUGUAAAAUUUGGGAGGCUGACACACAGUCCACGAUGGAGAAAACUGGAACAAGCAGUGCUGUGGCCGAUCAGAAUACCAUCAUCAAAAAGGAAGCUUUCCGGCACAGGUGCAUCUCCUCCUUUCCGCGAUUUGCUUCUCCUCCUUGCUACGAUUUGCAUCUUCAUUUCGGUGGGUGUUCAUUGUUGAAGGAGCUGUCGCUUCAAGGUAACUCAACAUAUUUCCUCGUUGCGCGCAUGGUGACCUUGUGUACCAUCACACUGACGUGUUUGGCAAACGUCACUCGGCGUCAAGAACAAAUGAAAGCUCUCGACGAAUGCUAUUUUCUCCAUCGGCGCGUAUCUUUCUCGAAGUAAGACAAGAGUUGACCGGUUCAAAGCGACUUCAGCCGAUCCUGCAUUCUUCGUACGCUUGCAAGCAAGAUCAGCAGCCUUCAUUUUUUGAAGUAAAACAGUAAGAUGAAGUUGUUUGUUUUUGCGACCCUUUUGGGCUUGACCCAAGGGUUUGUUACGCCCUCGACGUCUAUGACUUCCAAGAGUCUGACGAAGCUGUCGGUAGAAGAGGCUCCAGUUUCGACCGGAUUCGACAACUUCUGCAUCGAGAACGUUGGGGGUGUGAAAAUCGAUCCCGAGUACGCUCGAAGAUACCGCCGUACCGUGUACACCCAUGAUGAUUGGAAGAAACAUCGUCAACAAGAUCGAUUCUUGAUCUACAUGGGUUCACUCUUCAGCAGCGGAGUCUACCAAAACAUGAAGUCUGAAGUCUUUUUUGUAACUUCUUUCGCCGCCAUUGUCUGCGUCUGGAAUGCUCUGGUCACUGGCCCUACAGGCAUUGAUGGAACUCAAAUGGACCCAAUCAUUGGAGGUGGAAUUUUGCCUGCUGCUGGACUCCCUCUCAAUCCCUUCACUUUGUCGGGAUCUUCUCUUGCUCUUUUGCUCACAUUCCGUGUCAACACCUCAUACAAACGUUGGGACGAAGCUCGAAAGAACUGGGGAAUGAACAUCAACCACACCCGUGACUUGGUCCGCAUGGCCAACACCUUCUAUGAUACCGGCAUUCCCGACUUUGAUCCCCAAACACGCCAGGAAACACUCAACUACGUUGCUUUGUGCACGUGGUCCUUUGUUCGAGCUAUGAAAAGGCAUCUUUCACCAGAAGAAGAAGACGAACAAGCCUUUCGCAUAGAAAUCAUGGAAAAGUUGCCAGGCGAGCAGGCACAAAAAAUUAUUGAUGCGGCUCAUCGACCCAACAGAGCCUUGCAAGAUUUGAGCUACGCCAUCGAACAAGUGCCCAUGCAUUUUGUUCGUCGCAAUCAAGUCCAAGAAGCUCUCACUAUCUUUGAAGACAACUUGGGAUCCAGCGAGCGUCUGCUCACAUCCCCGGUUCCUCUUUUCUACACUCGUCACCUCAGUCGAUUCAUCACUAUUUGGCUCGCCCUUUUGCCAUUGGCAAUCUACGACCCAUUCAAGGGAAGCUGGAAUCAUAUUGCAAUGGUCCCAGCCAUGUUCUUCUUGAGUAUCUUCUUUUUUGGUGUGGAAGAAUUGGCUACACAGCUCGAGGAGCCAUUCACCAUUUUGCCCAUGCAAGGAUUCUGCGACAAAAUUUACAACUGGUGCUUUGAAAUCAUGUCCUGGCAACCCGGUGACGGCGGACGUAUGCCCAAACCGGUCAAGCCCCAACACAAGUAUUUUGUUGCCGUGCCAGCACCCCAAGAGUUCUAUCAGCAGUAUUGAAGUGUUCGCCGCACGAAUACGGUAUUAUGCAAGAAUAUCCUUAGCCAAGUUUUAGGGCAGGCAAGGAUGGUGUGAGCACACGUUUCAAGACUACAUUUUCGUUGGCUAAUUUUUUGUGGUUUCCACCGGUAGCGCUAUGACGAAGACUACUAACCUUUAAGCUAGAUAUUCAGGUUAACCACGGCAUGGAACCUGGGACCUCCGAAGAGAAAGGAGGCGCAAAUGUCACCAUUGCCUCUUGAUAAGCAACUACAUGCGGGCUCGUAUUGAUGGGGCUUGGCGCCACCGGUAGCACCGUGGCAUGAGAUUGCGGGUGAUCUGAAUGGUCGUCCUUGGACACAAUGCAAUGAGCUAUCAUUUGAACUUUCCAUGCCCCGAGGCUGUCCUGUGGCGCUUUCAUUUUAUCGCCCAGCCGCCCAUUGGUUCAGCAGUCAAAAAUCGCUCCUCAAUCCAGCCAUACUAGUAUGCUUGAACGUGAACGUCUACAUCAGUUAGUUCAUUGAAAAUGCUCUCACCCCCUCAGCUACGGUACAAGCAAUCAUCCUCCACACAAUGCAGAGGAAGCAAGAUAAUGACCGUGUCGUCAGAACAAACAGC